AUGCCUGCUCCAAGCAGCAGGAGCAGCAGCAGCCGCAGCAGCCGCAGCAGCACCUCCAGCAGCAGCGGCAGCAGCCGCAGCGACCUCGGGUCGCUGGCAGACUCCAGGGCCGCGGGCGCGCCCGCGGCGGGCAGCAGCGCCGGCCAGCACACCACGGCGCCGCUGUCCCUGAUAGAGGACCUGGAGCCCCCGAGCCCCAUGCUGCUGGGCCUGCGCGACCAGCCGCCCGCGGCGGCGGGCUGGCCCGUGACCCCCCUGUCCGCGGGCCUCGACGCCCCGGGGCCCCUGCAGGGCAGCCGGCACCCGCCGACGCCGCUGGGCACGCCCGCCCUGCGGCGCACGCCGCAGGGCACGCCGCCGGAGCCGCGCUCGCCCCUGGGCCUGCCCACCGCGCCGCUGCCGUCGCCGCUGCGCACCCCGGACACUCCGCUGAGGCUUGGCUCGCCGCCGAGCCCGCAGGAGCUGGAAGAGGCCGUGGCGCAGGUGGCGCAGAGGUGGCCCGUGGACGAGGGUCACGCCGCGAACUCGGUCCCGCGCUUCUCCCACAGGAUCAGCAUGGCUGAGGAGGCCCUGCCGGCGGAGCACGUCAGCUCCCCAGUGCGCCUGCAUAUCUACGACGUGUCCCAGCGGCCAUGGGUGUGGUGGAUGAACACCCUCCUUGCGAACCAGUACGUCUGCUGCAAGUUCGGCGGGUUCUUUCACGUCGGCGUUGAGGAGUGGAUGUACGGCCACUGCGAGGCCGGGAGCGGGAUCUCGCACUCCGUGCCAGGGGCUCACCGGGAGCACCACUUCAGGGAGACCGUGGAGCUGCUGCCAACCAACCUCUCGAAGAAGCACGUGCUCAGAGUGAUCGACCAGGAGCUCAAGCGGGAGUACUCUGGCCCCCGCUACAACCUGCUGAACAGGAACUGCUGCCACUUCGCCGACGACCUGUGCCAGAGGCUCGGCGCGGGGCCCAUUCCGUUCUGGCUGUACAGGCUGGCCAGCAUAGGCGACGUCCUGAACAAGGCCCGCCAGAACAGGACCGUGGAUUGCAUCAGCGAGGUCACGGCUCGGUUGUCGUGGUCGUUGUCCUCUCCCUUCCCCAUCCUGUCUCACGUUCUCGCGGCUGCGCGCUGAAAGAGACGAACUCGGGGGAUUCAGGCUUGCUUCAUAGAGCUGUGGUUUCUCUGCGGCGGGGAAGAGCAAACCCUUAAAUGAAUAACGCACCCUCCGAUAUACCAUAUCGUCGGAGACCUGGGCACAUCAGUCAUCGGCGAGGUCACUGGGCGAAGCCUUGCGCAGCUCAGGCUCGACAGCACGGUGCGCGCUCCGCUCGAGGAAUUUGCUGGCCAGGUUGCGGCGGGGGCACCCGAGGGGGAAGCCCAAGACGAGCCCGCCAGCUCUACCUGCGGCCGUGACCCGCGCACGGCGACCGGGGGCCCGCGCGGGGAUGGCGAGGCUUCUGGGCACUGCACCGGCGGCUCUUGCGCUCUUGGAUAUUUGUAACUGCGCCAGCUCGGAGUCGCAUCGGGGAA